UUCUUUCAUUGAUAGCAUUAUUCUGUAUUUUAUCUUUUAACAGGCUCUGCAUAAUACAAGGCUCUUAUCUGCUUAUUCUGCCAUUGACCUCAGAGUGAAAUAUUUGUGCUAUACCAUGAAAGUAUUUACAAAGAUGUGCGAUAUUGGUGAUGCAUCUAGAGGCAGCUUAUCAUCAUAUGCAUACACACUUAUGGUGCUGUAUUUUCUCCAACAGAGGAAUCCGCCAGUCAUUCCUGUCCUUCAAGAGAUAUAUAAAGGUGAAAAGAAACCUGAAAUAUUUGUUGAUGGCUGGAAUAUUUAUUUUUUCGAUCAAAUAAAGGAACUGCCUACCUAUUGGCCAGAAUAUGGAAAAAACACAGAGUCUGUUGGGCAACUAUGGUUGGGACUUCUUCGUUUCUACACAGAAGAAUUUGAUUUUAAAGAAUAUGUCAUUAGCAUCAGGAGAAAAAGUCUACUUACAACUUUCAAGAAACAGUGGACCUCAAAAUAUAUUGUUAUUGAAGAUCCCUUCGAUUUGAAUCAUAAUCUUGGAGCUGGAUUAUCAAGGAAAAUGACAAAUUUUAUAAUGAAAGCAUUUAUUAAUGGCAGAAGAGUAUUUGGUAUUCCAGUCAAAGGACUUCCAAAGGACUACUCAAAAAUAGAGUACUUUUUUGAUCCAGAUGUGCUGACUGAAGGAGAGCUGGCCCCAAAUGAUAGAUGUUGCCGAAUCUGUGGGAAAAUUGGACAUUUCAUGAAGGAUUGUCCUAUGAGGAGAAAAGUGAGGCGACGGCGAGAUCAGGAAGAUACCCUGAACCAAAGAUACCCCGAGAACAAAGAUAAAAGGAGCAAAGAAGACAAAGAAAUGCAAAAUAAGUACACAGAGAGGGAGGUAUCAGCAAGAGAAGAUAAGCCCAUACAGUGCACCCCACAGAAAGCCAAGCCAGUGAGGGCAACUGUUGACCUCGGGAGGGAGAGAAUUCUCAGACCACCAGUGGAAAAAUGGAAGAGGCAGGACGACAGAGACUUAAGAGAAAAACGUUGUUUUAUUUGUGGAAGAGAAGGGCACAUUAAAAAAGAAUGCCCACAGUUUAAAGGCUCUCCAGGUAUGUCUAAAUCAGGUUGUGUAUUUGGAUCCCCAUCUUCACCCUUGAGACCAACUGGCCCAUUUCCUCAGGCAGUGCUUUUACAUGAAGAAAAAAAGAAACAAAAAACAACCAUAUUUUUGAGUCCCCAGUCAGGUAGCCUUUCCAGUAAAUAUAUGACUCAGGGAAAAGCCUCAACGAAGAGGACCCAGCAGGAAUCAUGAGGGAAGGAAAAUGGCAGCACUCUAAAUGGCCACUCAGUCAUUCCUUUUCACUUUGAAAAUUAGGUUCAUUUCAUAGGACACAGCAGCAUAGAUCAGGCUUCAAGUUCAAUUUAAGGGAAGAUUUUUUAUCUUAAUGAAAUUGUUAAUGAGGGAAAAAAAUUAAUAUAGUCUUACCUACCAGAAAUCCCUGUUGAUUUAAAACCAUGAGGUAUGUAUGUAAGACGGGUUUUUUAAAAAUGAAACUAUGGGCCAGUAUUCAGUGAAUACAAUUUCAUGGUUUUUUAAUGCUUUCAAAGCACACUAAAAAUGGUGUGCUAAUAAACCCUAAGUAAAUCAACCCAUUUUUCCCUAUAAAUCCCUAUUUUGUUCCAAAGAGGGAAAUUAUAUUUAUUAUUGUUUACCGAACCCUUGUAUGACAACAUAUCAAAUAUGUGACCAAUACUACUGUUAUUUACAAUUUACAAACUUCGUUUUGUCAAUAUUUGUAGAAGUGAUAAUAUGAACAUGAGUACCUGUUUAUGCCCGCCUUCUCUGAGUUAACAGUGCCACAGAGGGGCUGUUGGUUUUUUCCCUCUCUAAUUUUAAUUAAAUUGACUUACAAGUACUAUGUUCAUAAAAAUGAUAUAAAAGGAAAACAAGUAGUCCUGUUUGCUGCUAAAAUACUUUCAAAGGAAAAAUGACAAAAGUGCUUUUUACUCUUUACAAUACUCAGAAGUUAGGGUGGAGAACUUUUAAAAAUCCCUGAACAGGUGAUCUCAGCCAAUCACAGGUUUUGGUUGGAGUCAUUUCCGGUCUGACUGGAGCCCUUAUGGAAUUAUUUCUAUAACUUUACAAGCCCUUCAGAAGUAGUACAGGAUCAGAACUAUGCCUCAAUUUAUCAUUUGAAAUAAAAUCAAAAUUACAACCUGUAAUUUUAUCCACAUUAUUUUCUAGUGAAUUCUGAAUUUCAUGAGUAAACUAGAUCAAGGAGUAAAGACAGGACGAUCUGCUCCUCUUUAACUCCUAUUCCUUUUAUGCAUUAAUGGGAUCACUGGUGCUCCCUCAUACCUGCUGUGUUCCAAGCCCUGGAGCUCUGGGAAUGUGCGGAUAAGAGGAGGCACAGACUUGGGGUGAGCACACAGGGAGGGAUAAAUAGGGAGCUUGCUGGUAGGAGAGGGCCCUUCUCUGAAACAAGUUACUUGAAGUCAUUCCUGCUAAAGAAAAAUCUUAUCAAAAUUAACUUUAGGAAUAGGGAGUUGUGUUAGAAUUAGUGGUCAUUCCUUAUCCAUUUGGAACACAGACUCAUGAAUUAUACAACCUGGGUUGGAAUUCCCCUACCUGACUUUCCUUAGCUGCUUUUCUUCUCAUUUCUUCUUUUGCCUUUGUGCAUGAAGUCAACUUGACGGGGCAUAAAAUUCCUUCACAUUUUUUUGAAAGAUCAUUGAUGCUGUUCUGUCAUUGGCUGGUAUGACUGUAGUAGAAGUCUGAGGCUGGCCUAAUUAUUGUUCCCUUGUAGUUGAAUUUUUUCCUGCUCGGAUGCUUCUAUGUUAAUUUAUCCCUAACAUUCUUGUAUUAGUGACUUGUCUGAAACAAGUGUGAAUCUCAUAUAUCUUUCUCCUUUUUCAAAUUGAAAAAUGACAUCUAUGAUCUCAUUUUUUCUCAAAACUACUUUUGUUUUUUCCCAGUAUUCCUCUCUCUUCUGCACGCUAAGAAAACUUAGCACCUUUACUCUCUACAUUACUGCCUUGAUUUUUAGUGUCAUUUUGCUGUUUCUAACAUGAAUUUUGUCAUUGUACUUCCAUUUUUCUUUAACUUUUCUCACACAUCAUUCUUGUCCUCUUCCUUUCCAUCGAAACCAUGUUUUCUUGUACCGCUAAAGUUUCCUAUUAUUUAUUGUUUCCUGUAGUGGAUUCUACUAUCUGUAUCAGUCUUUUUGCUUUCCAUUCCACACACUGGAUAAUUUGGGUCGGGGCAGCGACCAUUAUUGGCCACAGACCUGGAGAACAGAAUGUUCUUGUUUCUUCACUUCCUUUACUUGGAUGUUGGUGACAGCCUCUUCUGAGCAUCCCAACUAGGGGACGAUGUAUCUGCUCCAGGCUGAUUGCAGUUCCCAGGGCGCAGCUAUCUUUCAAUUGCAGCUGGCCUGUCUCUCCUAACAGACUUCGCAAAUGCCCUACUAUAAGGGUUCUCCGUUCCUCUUUCUCUCAGGAACAAACAAAAAUAUGAAAUUCAUCUUUAUAGCCCCAAUGCUAUAAAUUUCUUGCUCAGUGUAUGCAGUAUCAGCAAGAUACACACUUAGAUGUUAUUAAAAUGUUCUGAGACAAUUCCCAUUUAUUUUUCAUCUUGAAAUGUGACAUGAUCUAUUAAAGUUUUUCUGAGAGGAAAAAUCCUGAAUAGACAGGUCAAUAGGGUUUAAGAGUGGUGCAGGCAAAAAAAA